AUGACAUUAGAUGUGAACUGCAGAUAUGUCUAUUGUAAAAAUGCUGAAGAAGAGCGCACAGUCACAAAUGUAAAUGUGGAUGAUUUCCUUAGUUUUGGAGCAGAAAAUAGCAGAAAUAUUGGUGAUGAGAAGAGUCAUAUCCACCCCAUGGAUGUUUACAUGGCAGUUUUUCACUGUACUGAUGAUUUAGCUCGAGAGUGCAUCAUUAACAAGCUUUCAACAUGUCAAUUUGCUCUACCUCUUCUAGUACCAAAUCCAUUCACAGGAAAAAUUGAGGUUCCUGUUUCUGCACUUCAACGGAUCAAAAAGACAAGGAUUUCAAAGAGUCAGUCGGGAACAGUGGACAAUGUAGAGCUCAGAAGUGAUUUCCUAUUCAGUAUCCCAGUUCCUGUCGUGUCCUUCAUAAGAUUAGGGAAGUCUGAGGGGAGUUCAAAAUCUCAAAUCAUGAAUAACAUCCUGAAUCAAAACAGACACCCAACAUUUUUCAGUCGACAGUGUAGAGGGAGCACAAAAACCGGUUUACUGAUGGAAGGUGCUGCAGAGAUUUUUUGGUACUGUCCACGUGGAGGACAAGAUAAUACCUUUCAAAACUGUGUGGCUUUUAUCAACCUUCAUGGUGACGCCAACAAACAUCCAAUACAGCUACAGCUCAUAGAGGAGAUGAGCUCAGUCAUCGUUAUUCUUCUUCCAGAGAACCAUCAGCUGCCAGAGAUAGAAAUAUCAGGGAAGAUUAAAUCUGCUUCCUUUGGGGUCCAUCACAUCAUGAGAGAAACAGCCCAAAUAUAUGAAGCCAUGCACGCAUUUGGAGAAUCUUCUACUAUGUGGUUUGACCUAGAGAGGCUCCCUGAACUAGGAGCUGAAAUGAUCUUGUCUGGAUGUCCAGUAGAACUCUUAGAUGGUGAUGUAAAUCAUAUUCCUCUGGACUGGAUAAGCGCUGUGUUAGAAAAACUCAUUCACAAAGUUGGAGAUCAAAGGGUGCUUGUAAUCUCUGUUCUUGGGUUGCAGAGUUCAGGGAAAUCUACCCUACUGAAUGUCAUGUUUGGUCUUGAGUUUUCUGUAGGUGUAGGACGCUGCACAAAAGGGGCUUUCAUGCAGUUAGUUCCAGUAGAGAAACAGCUCAAAGACCAGCUACAGUUUGACUUCAUUUUACUCCUGGACACAGAGGGUCUACGAUCUGUAGAAGCUGAUAAAUCUGUAAGUCAUGAUAAUGAAUUGGCAACAUUUGUAGUUGGUUUUGCAGACAUCUCUAUUAUCAACAUCAUGGGAGAGAAUCCAUCUGAAAUGCAAGACAUCCUCCAAAUAUGUUUUCAGGCAUUCCUGAGAAUGACAUCAGUAGAAGUAAAACCAUGUUGCUUCUUUGUUCAUCAGAAUGUUGCAGACUCUGCUGCAAAAUAUAAAACUCAAGAAGGGAGAAGACAGCUGAUAUCAAAACUGGAUGAAAUCUCAAAGAUGGUUGCAGAGGCAGAGGACCGGGAGGUCAGCGGCUUCAGUGACAUAAUACAGUUUGACGCUGAGACUCAAGUGUUUUACUUCAAGAAUUAUUUUGAUGGAGACCCUCCAAUGGCUCAUCCAAACUCCUCCUAUUCUCAGAAUGCUCAGGAACUGAAACACAAACUUCUCUCCAUUUCAGAAUGGCAGCCCAAAUGUAAGCUUUCUUUGCUAUCAGAACUCAGUGAGCGAAUUCAUAAUCUAUGGAACGCACUCAUGAAAGAAAACUUUGUCUUCCAUUUUCGAAAUUCACUGCACAUUAUGGUGUACACUAAACUAGAGGAACAGUAUGGAAAGUGGUCAUGGAAAAUGAGAAAGUAUGCCCUGGAAACACAGAACACUGCAUUACAUGAUCACUAG